AUGGGACUAGCUAAUCUCUUUCGAAGAAACCAAGAUGAAGAUGAAUUAAAGAAGAGGAAGAAAAAGAGGCUGAGAGAGCUUCAAGAAAAGCGCAAGACCCCGAAAACACCUAUUGAUGAAUCUUCGUAUGACUUUUCUUUGUCAACCGACAUCUCGGCUCAUGGAAUGCCUAGAAAUGGAUUCAGUGGUAGAAGGAGAAGUGACACUAGCAAUCAUAGCUCUACCUCUGACUCCCAUACUAGGAGCGAAACAGAUACGAUGCCUGAAUCUCUUUGGCCUUCGCGAUAUCGAAGCGUCAGCCAUGAGAUUCCUCGACAUCAAUCUCCUCCUCAUCUAGCUCAAACCACACUUCCGAUGAGUCCCGAUCUAGCUCAAGCCUCAGGUCUACGGAUAAUGGUACUGAGAUCUUUACUUGCAAGUUCAACUCCUCUCAUAGCUCCAUAA